AUGCCUCCCAUCCAGUUCCGAGCCUCCCGAGCGGUCUUCGACAGUGACAGCGACGAGGAGAUGGCAGCAGCUCCUCGUAUGGGCAGUUUCCGCCACAAUAUUUCCAUUGCUACUGGUGGCCAGCUGAAAACUAGAACGGAGAAAGUUCCCGCAAUGGUCUCACCUCAAAAGCGACAGCCCCGGAUUCACGAGCCCCUGCAACCGGAUGAGCUGACAUCUCGCAGCAUUUUUGCUGCUCUUGAGGCUGGCGAAAACCCGUGGAUGAACGAGGGUUUCGAGUUUGAUGAAGGGCAUCCAAUCGAAAAGCGACUGAUGCGCCCCUCGGAACGGCCACUGGCUGUAUGGGCACAAACCGACGUUGACUCGUAUCUCGACGAGAUAAUGAUUCUGGAGGGAAUACCACCAGCACAUGUGUGCUUUCGCUGCGGGAAGGAGGCCAUUUUGCGAUGCCGCGACUGCUUUAUUCCUCUGAAUGCGGUUUGCUGCACCGACUGCAUGCUCCACCAGCAUCGCAACUUGCCAUUUCAUCGCCCUGAGCGAUGGGGUGGCUCUUUCUUCGAGCCAAUUACUCUCAAAUCCCUCGGUUUACGCGUCCAGCUCGGCCAUGCAAGUGGUGUCAAAUGCCCGGGGACCCUCGCUCGCCUGGCAGCUGGUGCAGACAUCUCUGCUACCGAUGACGACUUCUUCAUCGUCGAUUGCAAUGGUAUUCAUACCAUUUCAGUCGACUUCUGCACUUGUCCCUCUGCUCGGGAGAGAACGAUACAGCUUCUUCAGGCACGUUUGUUCCCUGCAACCUCGACCCGACCUCGUACGGCCGCAACAUUCCAAGUUCUUCGCCUAUUUCACCUCAUCUCGUUCGAGGCGAAGUCCUCCGCUUACGAGUUUUACAAUGGACUCGCUCGAUUGACUAAUAACAAUGGUAUCUUUGUACCCCGGGAUAGAUAUCGCGAAUUUCUUCAUAUGACUCGCGAAUGGCGAUACCUUCAAAUGCUCAAGCGGGCUGGACGGGGACACGAGCCGAAUGGAACCCAAAAUAUACCCGCCGGCGCCUGUGCAUUACUUUGCCCUGCCUGUCCCCAGCCUGGGAUGAACCUGCCCAACGAUGAUAGUUGGCGGAACGGCCCCGUCAACAAACGCUUCCGGUACUCGCUGUUUCUCGCCAUCGACGCUAACUUCAAAAUGAAGAGAAAGCAAGUCUUGACCGAAGAAGCCGAUCCAGGCCUCAAUCAGGGAUCAGCGGUCUUGAGCAAGAGAAAAGUACUUGUGUCUCGCAUGACGCGGUCAAUGAGCCCGACCGCGAGUCGCGCGGCACGGCUUCAUCAGGGAUCGUGGGCGAUUUGCAAAAAGGAGAACGUUAUAUCAACAUGGACUACAUGCUCUGGAAGAGCAUUACGCCGGUCCACGUACGCCAAUCUUGUGGACAUUAUUGUCUCCUAUGACAUUGUCUGUCAAUGGAGCAAAAACAUUUGGUUUCGGCUUGCGAAGUAUAAGUCUGAACUUCAAGACGCGGCGAGGGGUUCUCGCCGUCGCUAUGUAUUCCUCAUCCCUAAAUUCCACCUCCCCGCCCACAUCGAACGCUGUAAUAUCGACUAUUCAUUCGAUCUUACUCCGAACGUCGGGCGAACAGAUGGAGAAGCGCCAGAGCGCGGAUGGGCAAAUGUGAAUCCCCUUGCGGCAAGCACCAAGGAGAUGGGCCCGGGCUCUCGACGUGACACUAUCGACGAUCAUUUCAAUGACUGGAACCACAAGAAGAUAUUGGGGAUGGGCAAGUCGCUGUUGGAGAAAAUGAAGGACGCUGUUACGGAGAUGGUCGAGACGAGGAUCGAAUUGGCGGAGCUGGAAGCUGUGCUGCCCGUGGAGGUCAUAGAGACGUGGGAGGAGGUGAUGAAGAAAUGGGAGGAGGAUUCGAGCCAACCCAACCCGUUCAGCAUUACAUCCAAAGUGGAAUCGCUACAGGACAUACGUGCACGACUAAAAGACCCAUCGUCGCCGACAUUUGUGCCGCUACCACCUGACUUCGCUCCCGACGACGAUAUUCAUAACGACCUUCAUGCGGCUGACCUUAUCGCCAUGGGCCUUACUCUCGAAGAGCAGCGACAAGCUCUUGCGAAUGAUGCAGCCAAUUUGGGGGCCCAUGCGACGGCUCUCCAGAGGUCGUCGAUUGCAGAGCGAGAAGUGAAGCUGCAACGCAAAUUCGUCAGCUGGUUCGACACGCAAAGAGAGUUCGCGCCUGAGAUUACAGCACUACGCUCUGCUGAAGAAGCCCGCCAGGCAAACAGCGGCCAGGUUCAGCCCACGCGAGGAUCCCCUCUUUAUCGCCUCGCUCUCCUUCUGCCAUCCGAGGCUGUCGGAUGGCCCCAGUGUCGAAUGCGCUCAAGCCACGCAUGGUACGAGUUCCAUUUGCGCCACGGGCGGGCUCUCCAUCUUCUCGAGGAGUUGCGCCGAUUGCUACUCUUGCGAACGCAAAAGUAUAAAGCCAAGGACAAGCAUGCGAGCGGCGUCGCUGGGCAUACGCGAGCGGCGAAAGGGAUACAGGCAGUGGAUGAGAGGAUAAGGCGAGUUGCCGAUGAGUAUCGACGAAUGCGGCUCGCGAUGGGGAACCUAAAAGACAUUGUGGGUGACGACAAGUGGAUGAGGGUCCUCAAAGACCUGAAGCCCGCUGACGUACGAGCAAUGCCUCGAGCUUUAUUCUCCGACCCCGACCGACGCAAACGCAGACGUGAGGACGAUGAAGCCCCAAAGGAAAUGUCGUGGAUAUGGCGUAUGGGUAUCGGCUCCCUCCCGACGGAACUCGCAAUUGAUUCGCUUAGCGCGACCGCAGCAUUGAGCGAAGAGGCAGCGAUUGCUGCAACAAACGAAAGUCUUCGGGUCGAAUGGGCUAAGGCUCGGGCUCGUGCGAAGAGAUGGGCAGAAGAAGUGGAGUUAUUGGAGGAAGAAAUGCGGCGAGUACUCGAGUUUUGCUCUUGGAAAGCUGCCUGGUGGAUGGAUCUGAGCAACCGUCGUCAAGGGGCGACAGAAUCACUGAUGGCGGGUCUCCGGGCCUACGCCGAGCGCCAAGCCCACAUCCACUCCGCGCGUCAACUUCAGUUUGCAGCAAACUGGCGAGACGUUCCAACAUUUUCGGACUUGGGACUACAGCAGGUAGACGAAAUUCACCGGGCGUCAGCUGAGCCUCGAGGGCCACUAUCAUUAACGGUCGACGACCAUGCGGCUUUCCUCCCCGUGCCGGACAGAAUAGUGCUUGGCACCAACGACUGA